ACGCGGAAAAAACCAACCUGGUCACAUACACAGCUGUUCUUAACAUUAACAGUGCGCAGCAAUUCUGUUAAAUGUUUUCGUAACCAAAAUUGGAGUAUUUUUUGUUGCUAUUUCAAUACUGAAUUAAAACGAAUUUGCUGUGUACAAUGCAAAGCUUAACACGACUGCUCGCCAAUUGCGGCUUGCAACUGCAACAGCAGCGCAUUGUGGCAGCCGCAACACUUCAACUGCAUCGCUGCAAAACGAAACUCGUCGAGAAACCAAAACCGGGUGCAGGACAACAAUUUCGGCGCAUCGUUCACUUUCCCGAGGAAUAUACUGUGGAACCGCUGAAGAUCACUCAUCUGGCCGGGCGAGAUCCGGUGAGUGGUCGCCUAGUGGCCAAAGGUAUUGGCGGUGGCAUCAAGCAGCAAUAUCGUUGGAUCAAAUGGGUGCGCGAUGGUCCAGCUGAGGGAGCUCCCCAAGAGGAGCGAGUCGUUGAACUGCUCCGGGAUGGUUGUCGCACGGCAAAGGUUGCCCUGGUUGCUGUCGGCGAUGAGCUCAAGUACAUAUUGGCCACGGAGAAUAUGCGCGAGGGUGACAUACUGAAAACAUCGCGAGUGAUUCCAAGGAUUCCAGUGCGUCCCAAUGAUGGCGAUGCUUAUCCGCUAGGCGCUUUGCCCGUCGGCACACGCAUCCAUUGCCUAGAAAAGAAUCCCGGCCAACUGUGUCAUUUGAUCCAUGCCGCCGGCACCUUUGGCACUAUUCUGCGCAAAUUCGAUGACAAAGUCGUCGUUCAGCUGCCCUCCAAGCGGGAGUUCGCCUUCGACAGGAUUUGCAUGGCAACGGUGGGCCGCUUGUCCAACAUCGAGCACAACAAGGAGCAUGUGGGUAGUGCUCAACGAAUGCGUCAAUUGGGCAAUCGACCGCGUUCCGGUUUGUGGCAACGCAAGCAAGGCAAACAUGGACGCAAAGUACGCCGUUUACCACCAAUGACGACAAUUGCGCCGCCAGCUCAACCCCAGGAACCGGAGCUCAAAUUGACGCUUAAUUUGUGAUUCGAUUUUUGAUUGGUUUUUUUACAAUUUAUAUUUACUAAUUUCUAUGUAGAGCAGAUAUAAAUAUAUAUAUGAUCCGUAUUA